GUCCUUUGAAUGUAAUGUCUUGUUCUACCUGUGGUUCAGCAUCUCUUUGCCGUCCUCAUGUGGGCUCUUCUCCUCAUCUCAACGUCGGGAGGCCACGUCGUUCCUUCUCGUUAUGUUCUUCUCUUAAUAUAUAGAAAUUCGAUCGCCUUCACGUCGAGAUGCGUCGCAGGCGCGACUCGCAGUGGUGUAGGCGGUUCAAGGUUGGGAAAGGGCUUCGUGAGCUGGUGAUCCUGGGGGUAUACGACAUGUCUCAUUGACGAUGUAGCUGGUCUGUUCGCCCGACCGUCGCCUCAUGAACCUGUGAUCAAUAUCAUUGUCUUCGUGCCGCUAGCCAUCGCCGUCGUGGGAAGGUACGGUUGCUGCCGCCGCCGCCGCCGCCGCCGCUGCUGCUGCUGCUGGCAUCGUCCAUCACGAUCGCCUUGGAAUUCCCUUCGAUGAGCCCAAAACUGCAAUAGCCGGGUGGAAACCGUGUACACGCAGGCUAUUUUGCCAUAUUCUGCUCCUCGAUUGUUACAUCCUCAAGUGGAUUGCUCUGGUGGACUGAGAGGGGCAGUAAGGUAGUCAGCUGCUUCAGCCGCACGUCCUUGACCCCCUAUUCUCGAACACGGACGGCAGAUUUCUGAGCCGCCAGCUCCUCACCGGUGCCACCCCGCCUAAGAAGAAACAGUCGCGUGGGCACAGCGCUUUAGCCACGAGCUAUCCGAAUCAACCAGUCGACUCGCACAAAGCAACGUCACCAAAAAUCACCACACGAUCGCCUCUUUGAAUCCGGCCACGAGCACAACAGCAUAGUCUACAGGAACGAGGUCGGCAUACAGCAGCUGCCCAGCAUGGAUGGGCAAGAUGAACAGUGGGCAGACAAUGCAGCCCGAGCGGUGCAGAAUAAGGCGAACAAACAGAUUCCAGAGAUCGACUUCACACUCCAUAGUAUGGAGGAUGGGACGCAAGUCAGCACGCAGGAGCGAGUAUGCAAAGAUGUGCAGGCGCCAGCCUUCAACGUUCCCACCGAGGAUCAGAUUCUCUCGCCGCAAGAUCCUACGAAACCCAACCUGCAGUUCUUGAAGCAACACUUGUACCGGGAAGGUCGCCUGACAGAAGAGCAAGCGUUAUGGAUCAUCAAUGGCGGCGCGCAAGUGCUUCGCGCAGAGCCCAACCUGCUGGAGAUGGAUGCACCCAUAACCGUAUGCGGCGAUAUUCAUGGACAGUAUUUCGAUCUCAUGAAACUCUUCGAAGUUGGGGGUGAUCCAGCAGAGACUAGGUAUCUGUUUUUGGGUGACUACGUCGAUCGUGGCUACUUCUCGAUCGAGUGUGUGCUAUAUCUGUGGGCGCUGAAGAUGUGGUAUCCUAAUACGCUCUGGCUUCUGCGCGGGAACCACGAGUGCAGGCAUUUGACCGACUACUUCACAUUCAAGCUGGAAUGCAAGCACAAAUACAGCGAGAAGGUGUACGAAGCAUGCAUGGAGGCUUUCUGCUGCCUUCCAUUGGCAGCUGUCAUGAAUAAGCAAUUCCUAUGCAUCCAUGGAGGUUUGUCCCCAGAACUGCACACACUUGACGAUCUCAAGUCACUAGACCGGUUCAGAGAGCCACCCACACACGGACUGAUGUGUGACAUCCUCUGGGCUGAUCCGUUGGAGGAAUUCGGCCAGGAGAAGACUCAGGAGUUCUUCGUACACAACCACGUGCGAGGGUGCUCAUACUUCUUCAGCUAUCCUGCGGCAUGUGCGUUUCUGGAGAAGAACAAUCUGCUGUCGAUCAUUCGAGCCCACGAGGCGCAGGAUGCUGGGUAUCGCAUGUACCGGAAGACGAGAACAACCGGGUUCCCUUCUGUAAUGACAAUCUUCUCUGCCCCAAACUAUCUGGAUGUGUACAACAACAAGGCUGCUGUGCUCAAGUACGAAAACAACGUCAUGAACAUCAGACAAUUCAACUGCACGCCACAUCCAUACUGGUUGCCCAACUUCAUGGAUGUCUUCACAUGGUCUUUACCAUUCGUGGGGGAAAAGAUCACAGACAUGCUGAUUGCAAUUCUCAACACUUGCAGCAAAGAAGAGCUCGAGGAUGAGACGCCACUCUCAUCGGGACCCUCAUCUCCGCCUCUCAUUGGUACUUCAUCUACAGCCGGCAUGGAUCCCGAUAGUGUUGAGUAUAAGCGAAAGGCCAUCAAGAACAAGAUCCUGGCGAUCGGCAGACUUUCCCGCGUGUUCCAAGUGCUACGCGAAGAGUCUGAGCGCGUCACCGAACUCAAGACAGCAUCUGGAGGACGUUUACCAGCGGGUACACUCAUGCUCGGGUCUGAGGGGAUCAAGGCUGCCAUUACCAACUUUGAAGACGCCCGCAAAGUGGACCUCCAGAACGAACGUCUACCGCCAAGCCAUGAGGAGGUCCGACGAAGCACUGAGCAUGCACGCGACGAGGCACUCAAACGUGCUUCCAGAGAUGCGGAGAAUGACCAGCAACUACAAGGUGUCGCUCGAAGAAUAUCUAUGUCAUCCGGAUCGAGGCACAGAUCAAAGUGAACAAGGUCGGCCGACAGCGAAGCCUUCACUAUUCAGCGAUGAGCGUGAUCGAUAUACAAAGUAGCGGCACUUGUGGGCCAAGCGGAUACAGCACGCUCGUGCAAGUGCAGCUUGAUGCUGCUGUAGCAUGGGAGAUCUUUAGCAUGUUUAUAGAUGCUAUACAGGGAAUGCUCGCCUACAAGGAGCGUAUUAAUGGUUGCCAAGGAUGAUGGGAGGGGACUUCAUCGGGGGAGAAAGUGCGUUGACAUAUGCUGUAUAACGAAGACCGCAGGUGCUCAGUAGUAGCGAGCGACUCAUCUCUUGUAAACGGUCUUUG